UCAGCUGUGCGGGGUAAUGCCAGGAAGCGAGUGUCUUUUUGGAAACAAUACCGUGUGGUGCUAAGCGGCGGCGCCUCAGGUUGCAAGCCCGGGGACUUUCCGGCUCCCGCUCUUUCCGCUGGCGGCUCUUGUUGGCGCUUCAGCAGCAAGUAGUAGACCUGAUGAAAGGCGGGAUCCGUUUCGGAGAUCGCCGCUUUGAAUAAGCGACCAGGACUCCUGGAUCUUGUCUCCGGGAUACGAUCGUAAGCUUCUGCAGCUGUUCUGCCCGAGCAGAGGCGCAGUGGGGGCAACAGGUGAAAUGGAUCCCCCUGUUUACCUGGAAGAUGAUUUUUCCCAUUUGGAUGGGUUAGAUGACGAUGUGUUCCACUCUGAUGACUGUGAACUGGUCAGUCAGUCCAGCAAGAUGGCCUUUCGUGGCAUUUUCACCCAAAGCAAAUCUUACAACUGCCUCCUGGGCAGGUUCCAGCUCUUCCCACUUACACAUUGUUGUGGCCCCGGCAGCAGGCAUGCCAAACAACAGGACAAGGCAACACAAACCCUCAAUGCAUCCUCUUCCAGCCAGGAUAUCAUGUUACCUUGUGGAGUCACUGAAGAGCCUCAGAGACUCUUUUAUGGAAAUGCUGGAUACCGUUUACAUGUCCAACCAAUCGGUUUCACAUUGAAUCCCCAUCUCCAGGAGGAACCUCAGGAAAGUCUGCAGGAAUUGCGUACCGAAGUUCAGAUUGCACGGAAGUUACAGUGCAUUGCAGAUCAGUUCCACAGGCUUCAUCUACAGAGGCACCAGCAGAACAGAAAUCAGGUCUGGUGGCAGAUCCUUCUCUUCCUCCAUAACUUGGCCUUGAACGUGGAAGCCAACAGACAACGUGUGGGUCAGAGGUGAGACCUGCCCUCCCUCUUCCAGGUUCCAUCCAGUCUGCUGGGAGCACCAAACAAACCCAGGUUAUAAAUGUGUGUGCCACUGGACAGAUGUGAGGCUCCUGUGGACCCCGCAAGGGUGCUAGUUGUUGUACAAAAGACUUGUUUUCAAUGGACUCGCCUUCUGACUCCCUUGCCUUCCGUAGUGGGGAGCUUUGGUCCAACACUGUUGAAGAAAGAUCUUCCCAAAUUGUCUGGCUUAUAAUCAAGGUCCAAGGAGGAGCUGAUGUAAGGAAGCUUUGGAAGAGUUGGUGAUGGACUGUUGGUGAUAUUCUAGGAACGAGGUUUGGGGCAACUACCAGAUUCCUGAUAAGUAAACUUCGAAGAAACUCUUGUUAACAAGCAACUGUGAAACAGCAUAUAGAAUCUGUACAACGGAAUCCUAACAUUUUAAAUACUGGAGAUACUGGUGUAAACAAGGAGUGAGUCUUGAAUAAUAACACCCAAUCAUUACACUCAGGAACAUAUAGGCUCCCCUCCUCUCUUUUAACUCAAGUCAGAAAAAUGCAGUUAACUUUCUUAUCAAAUGUAACUUUCUUUACUACUCUAAAGCUGUAAUCCUUAUAGUAAUAAAAUAAGCCAUUAUCCAACCAAUAGGAUUUCUUAGCUUUCCUUCCCUAAGGAGAGAAGAAAGGUUUGUCCUCGGAGAGAGAAAUCCAGCCUCACAAGGACCUUCCCUAAAGCUACAAACUCUCUGCAGUUGGUACUAUGAAGGUCAGGAUGGCGGGGGGGGAUGGGGGGGCUUGCUAGUAGAAACCCUGUUUUCCACUGUCCUCAUAUGCCAACUUGCCUCUAAAGUGAAUAGGAUCAUGGCAGCCUGGAGCUUGUACCAUCCUUUUCCUUCCCAUUGAAAACAUUGGGCAGGACAAGGAAAGGAAAAUUCUCUUUUUGGGGGGAGAUCCAGUCAGCUUAAGCUACUAAAAUUACAGCAGAACUUAUUCAGCUUUCUGGGUUUCUCUCUUUUCUAAGUCCAAACAUUCAACAAAAUUUAACUUAGCAGAGAAAAGUGCCUUAAUUUUACAUUAAACUCUCAUUAUGAUUAUACUCAGUAUCAGAGAUGGAGCCACAAACUACUGAACGCCGCCACGUAUUACCUAUUUUUCUUUAGCUAUUUUUUAAAAAACGGAAGUAAAGUUUUUAUUGGGAAAACAAGAAAAUCAGAUACAUUGCAGGAAAGAAGGGGAAUGCUUUUUAUUGCCUGGCCAUAAGUAGAGGGGCAUCAAUCCGAAAGAUUCUGAAAGGGGUUUUGCACUCCAGUUUCAGGUUUCUGGAGUUUUCAGUCUUAGGGCAGGUGAAACGCAAAAAGAAUUAGAAGGCUGGUUAUGCAAAGAUUUGGCUACAUUUUUGCAAGAGACAUGUACCUUUCAAAGUGUUCGCCUGAAGACAUUUGCUAUUCUGAACUACAUAGCAAUACUUCCCCACUAUCUUAAGAGGCAAUAUUCCUACUCUAGGUGUUUUUAAGAUUUAGGGUCAGCGGUCACACAGUUUGAUUAAUGUUAAGUGCAUUUGCGGUUUCCCCUCAUGGCUUUCGCAUGUUGUGCAGAUCUAGCCAAUAUGGUUAGUUUGUGCUUUGUCGUAUUUUGAGGACUAAGAAAAUGGACUAACACAGGAAUGCAGCUGGGUGAUUGUGUGUUUAGUACUUCUUCCCAAAAAUAGCUGUAAUGAGAGCAUCUCUAACAUAAUGGCCUUUUUAUAUAUGGAUUUUAAGGAAAUAAAAACAACAUGAAUUAACAAUAUCCGCAUCGUUUAAAUAUUUCCCAAUGUGAAGGAACAAAUAGUUCAGACAAAGUUCUAUUCCAAAGUUUCUAAUACUUACAUUUUUAAUUUCAUAUUUUCGGAGAGGGAUUUUAGAGUUUAGCAAGCAGCUUAGUCUCCAGCUUUUGCGUCUCUGUGCUAGAUUUCCUUCCAGCUUUGCCACCGUGCCUUCACUAAGAGAGUCUUUGCCCCAUCUGGCCUCAUUAUGGAACUGUAGGGCUAUAUUUCAGCAUUUAUGUAGUGAGUUGAAAACUUGCUGCUCCGAAUCCUGGACUGAAUCCAACUUCUGAUCUCUACAAAAAGAACAGAUUUCUUCUAUAGUACAAUCUGGUCUAAUGAAGCAUUCCUGCUGGUAGAAUGAAUAGGUGAUUUCUGAUUCCUCUAAAAAUCUCUUCUGGAAAAUUGUGGAGCUCUAGGACAGUGAAGAAGGUGAUGUGAAACAGAACUCCCUAAUAAGAAUUCUGCUUAGGGAGGUCCUGCUGGAUUCAGACUCCUAUUUUCACCCUCUUGAAAGGAAUCUAUCUAUCCCAAAUCCAUCUCCCCGAGAGCUUAUAAUUUGAAGAUGUGAAAAUGGAUCACCUGGGACAGGUUUCCACAAGUCAGGUGUCAUUUAGGUAUGCUGAAGAUUUAGUUCGCUAAUUCUCAACCAGCGAGAGGGCACUAGGUUGGGAAAGGGUGACUUAAAUGAAGUGGCUCCAAGAAUCAAGAGUUUCUGAGCCAAGUCUGCAAUCCCAACCAUAUCAAUAUGUUCCUAUGCCGCACCUUCCUUUAAUUGACUCAGACAAAUAACAUUGCUGACCAUGACUGCAUCGUGCGGUAUAAAGAUGGAAGAUUGUUUCCUUGGACUUUUUUUAAUGGGCCAGAUUCAUUUUUGAUAACCUCUUUAGAUGCUACUCCUCUUCCUGAUCAGUAUAAGGAGUUUUUAGCCUUUUUGCCGUGAGAGCAGAUGCAUUAGAUUGCCUUGUUUGACACAUGGCCUACUUACCCAUCGUCAAUUUGGACACAGGGCAGACAUCUGAAGCACAAAGCUUUAUUGUAUUAUUCUCUGCAGUGGACUAAGCAGUAACUAAGGGAUGGAGAAGUAGGGCAUGUUAGCACAUGCAUGUUGCCUUCUAUACAAUUCUUUUUGUGUGAAGACUAGAAAUCCCAAUUGGGACCUUUAAGAGUUUUACAUUGUGUCUUCUUUAACCUAAUACAUCAGAAUUAUUAUUGUUGAACAGUGGUUCCCUCCUCCCCACUAUUACCAAUGAUUACUGUCUGUUUAUACUAAAAAGUUAUGAUGAUAAUAAUAAUAAAUGUGUAUCUAUUUAAGUGUAUAAUCAAGAACAGAACCUGUAACGGGGCUGAACUGGUUAUAAGGCAUAAUAGCUUCAUCCCACCAGACGUAAUUAAUGUGUUCUAUUUCUGGAUGAGGACCUGGGAAGCCUAUUUGGAUUUUAGAUUUUUCAUAUUGUGUAGGACCAGAACAACCUGCUUAAUAUCUAGUAAUAGAAAAAGAGCAUGUGAUUUUUACUUAUCUCCUCUGGCUUCUUGUGACCAUUUGGUGUCCUUAUCUUGUGCAUUCUAACUGGACUACCACCUUGGUUUAAUGAGACACUUCUCAAUGAAUUCUGUGAAUCUUCUUAAUAAUACAACCUGAUGUUGCUUAUGAGUCCCAAGUUUUUGGAACUCUAAUUUUUGAAUGGAUAGAUAGAUAAAAUCAGGGCUGGCUUAGGACAUCUACACUUCUAAAAGAACACUUCCAUAUUCUAAAGUUCCUCAAUUAGGGAGCCCCAUUUAGGGAGGGGCUCUUCUCUCAUGAUCAUUUAAUUCAAAGGAAGCAAAAGUCCUUGGCUUGGGGUGGAGGUUGCUUUGUGCCACUAGUUUACAGUUGUCUUUUCUCUUUAGUGGCUCUUUAGCAACUGAAAGAAAGUCUUUGCCAUGGUAGAAAGACCAUGGGAGAGCUCCAAAUAACCUGCAACAUUAUCUGAAGCGCUACUACCUCAGUAAAAUGUUGCAAAUGAGGCAGAGCAAUUUACAGCAAAAGCUUCCAUCGAGCAAGGAAAUUUCUUUUUACUAUCUCUUUCUCCUCAAUUCAGCUGGUUCUUUGUUAAUCCUUUUUAAAUCAAACUUUCCUUGGCUGCAUUCUCUCCAGUAAUAGUGCUUUUGCUGCAGUUCUUGGAAACUGAGACAGCAAUCAUAACAAACUGUACUGCCUGAGGUGACUCCCAGCUGCCAAAAAAGCCAGGCCAAGGUGGGGAGAGAAUAGAGGAAUGGUCUUCAGAUAAAGACCCCGAGGAUAAAGGCCCUGGGGACACUGGCUGAUUGUCCUGCAUCGGGCUUUUGUUGCGCAACGUCUGUGUCUCUAUAUGUAGCUGCUGUUUUCUUUGAAUUGUGUGGAUUUUCCUUUAUCCCAUGGCAUUGUGUUCUCCUAUUGUAGCAAAUCUGCUUGUCUUGUUCUGCCAACUUAAGCAGCCUGUUGGCAGUAAGUUCUUGUCAGUGUUCCCAAAGGCUGGAAUUUUCAUUUUUUAAAACUGUACUAAUCUCUUCACCUACUUGCAAGCUUUGGUUAUAAUCAGCCAAAGAGGGUGAUCUAACAUUCCCAUCGAAAACCGUCUCUGUAACUUUGCUUUCAACACAUUGGUUUUGGGUUUGGUUUUGUUCUUUGAGGAAUUAAAAUUGUGGCCUACUGGCAUUGUGACCAAACCCCAGAUAUGCAGGGAUACUGUUGUCAUGUAACAGUGAGCUUGAAGUCAUUAACUCCAAUCACUGUUUGGUACAAAAUAAGGACAUAUACAACAGGAGUUGAAGCUGUAACUGAGAUUGGCCACAAACUGACAAUCCCAUCCUAUAGAAAAGCCUGGGAAAGGCAUUAAUCACAUAAAAAGUAGAAUCAGAUGUGCCUUGGCUUUUCCAAAGUGAAAGAGAGCCAUGACAUGGGACAUGCAUUUAUUCCAGUGCUUCAUAUAAAUUACCCACGGGCUAUAAACAGAAUGGACAACAAUUAGUAGAUUUAACUGGCUGUGAUAAAUUAAAGGAGUCAUUACAAACACCACAAGUAUUGUGGCUAUAACUCCACUGUCGUCUCAAAUUGCCUAGCUGCCAUGUGGCACAUGGGAAGUUUCUUUAUACUGAAUAAGAACCAUAAAUAAUCUAACUGCACAGGCAC